GAAAUCUUAAAUUCGCCGAUGUCAAGCCAUUGUCAAAUACACGUUUUUAACUAAUAGGUUAUGUUGUUGUGGUAAUACUUGAUUUAUAACCAAAAUUUUAUUUUGAGUCAUAAUGAGUGACUUUGUAUUGAACGAUUCUGAUACAGAAGUAGAUUCAGAUGAAGAAUUGCAAGAAGCCUUCGCCAAGGGACUAUUAAAACCUGGUCUCAAUGAAGAGAUUGAGAAAAUUGAGAAGCAUUAUGCGAAUAACGUCACUGAACUUAAAGCAAAAUUAAAAGACUUCCAGUUAAAAUUACCAUGGAUUGAGACGCUAGAUCUCGUGACAACAGUCGCUCCGAUGGCCCCAGACGUUGCUAUGCAGAUGCAGGAGACGGCACAGCGACGAAAAAAUCUUAAAGAGAAUAGUAAGGGACAACAGACAUAUGAUGCAGCACAGGACCCGGUUCUCAAUGAGUUUAAACGAGAGAACCUCAUACAUCGACAGGCACAGGCUGCCGUGCUUGAGGGUAUCAAAAAACUUAAGGACCUUGGAAUACCCACUAGGAGACCAGAUGACUAUUUCGCGGAAAUGGCCAAGACAGAUGAGCAUAUGCAGAAGGUGCGCAAGAACCUGAUGGCGAAACAGGCGGCACAGGCUCGUACGGAGAAAGUUAGACAGCUACGAGACCAGAAGAAGAUUGCCAAGCGAGUUCAGACUGACGCGAGAUUAAAACAAGCAGCAGACAAGAAAGAAAUGUUGGAACAGCUAAAACGGGUACGGAAAGGCAAGUCGUCAGAUUUAGGUUUUUUGGAUGACAACAAAGGCAGUAAUAAAGGUAAUAAUAACAAAGGAAAGGGACCGCAUAAUAAGGUGAACAAACGACGAGCUAUGAAGAACGAGAAAUUCGGUUUUGGCGGCAAAAAGAAAGGCUCUAAACUAAACACAAGAGACUCGUCCAAUACUUAUGAAGGUUUCAAUGGCGCGUCCACUAAGAAACCGAACAAUUUCAAGACUAAAUCGUUUAAGGUUAAUAAUAAGAAACAUCAGAAGAAUCCAAGACCUGGUAAAUCUAAGAGGAAGAAUGCUAAGAGAUGAGAUUUAGUUUUAUAUUAGAAUAAAUAUUUUGGUAAUCA